UAUAUCCGGCUUGGAAAGAGAGGCAAGAGGGCGCUGACCUUCUGCGCAGGCGCGGCUUGAGGUCCACGCGGGGCGUUAUGUCUGCGCUGCACGUCUCGCGUGUCCGGGCCUUGUAUCGGCGCAUUUUGCUGCUGCACCGGGUUCUGCCCCCAGACCUCAAAGACCUUGGCGACCAGUACGUGAAGGACGAAUUUAGGAGGCACAAGACCGCUGGUUCUAAAGAGGCCGAGCGAUUCCUGCAGGAAUGGGAGUUGCUGUGGGAUUGUGAUCCUUGCUUCUUCUGUCUGCCCUCUGAUGGAGGACGCCAAGAGGCUUGUGCAUAUGCAGCAGUGCUGUGGCAACAAGCUAAUGAAAACAGACAAAAUUCAACUGAAAAAGCAUGUUUUGGAAUCUCCCUACCAGAAGAAAAACUUAAUGACUUUCGUGAUGAACAGAUUGGACAAUUGCAGGAACUGAUGCAAGAAGCCACUAAACCCAACAGGCAAUUUAAUAUUACUGAGUCUAGGAAACCAAAGUUUUAGUCUACACAAUAACGUUUAAAAAAGCAUUUCAAGUUCAGAGCCCUUUAACUAUCAUUGGUUUUUAAAAUUUGUUUCUUAAGCUUUUAGAUUUGACAAUGCCUGGUGUUAAUGAAAUAUUCUUUUGGGGGAUAUUUUGAAUGUUGUCUGUAAUAUACAGAUCAGGAUCAUGAGUGGAUGAAACUACAUUUACUGAAGUAGUAACAGUUGCUGGAUAGGAUUUGUCUUUUGGACUACAUAAGAAAGAAUGGUUCUAAACUGGAGAAGCUUGUGAAAUUGUCCCCAAAAUUUUAUAUGUAAAUUUGUUUUAAUGCUAUUCAUUUUCAAGCAUUAGUCUCAUGGCUCUAGCUAUAUCAGAUAAGUAUUUCAUGAUCAUGAUAGAUACAGAAUUCCAAGGUCAUUACUUAAUUUCUAUUUGCAUGGAAUACUUUUUUGUAUCCUCUCACUUUCGUUCAGUAUCCCUAGAUCUAAAGUGGGUCUCUUGUAAACAGCAUUUAUAGGGAUCUUGUUUUUGUAUCCAUUCAGCCAGUCUGUUUUUCGGUUGGAGCAUUUAAUCCAUUUAGAUUUAAGGUAAUUAUCAAUAUGUAUGUUCUUAUUGCCAUUUUGUUAAUUAUUUUGAAUUUGUUUUUGUAGGUCUUUUUUUUUGGUUUAUGGUUACUAUGAAUUUUUAAUAUAGCAGUCUAUAUUUUAAGUUGCUGGUCUCAAAUGCAUUUCCAAUGUCCUGCAUUUGUACUCUCUUCUCUUCUCACAGUCACUGGUUUUGAUGUUUAUGUGCAGACGAUUGCCUACUUUUACUGUAUGUUUGCCUUUAUGGGUGAGCUUUCCCAUUUGUAAUUUUCUUAUUUCUAGUUGUAGCCUUUUCUUUUCUGUCUAUAGAAAAGUUCUUUAGCAUUUGUUGUAAAACUGGUUUCGUGGUGCUGAAUUCUCUUAGCUUUUGAUUGUCUAUAAAACUUCUGAUUUCUCUGUCAAAUCUGAAUGAGAGCUUUGCUGGGUAGAGUAUUAUUAGUUGUAGGUUUUUCCCUUUCAUUACUUUAAAUAAAUAUAUCAUGCCACCCCCUUCUGGCCUGCAGAGUUUCAGCUGAAAAAUCAACUGGUAACUUUAUGGGGAUUCCCUUAUAUGUUAAUUGUUGCUUUUCUCUUGUUGCUUUUAAUAUUCUUGCUCUGUAGUUAAUUUUUAAUCAGAUAUUAAUAUGUAUCUUGGUGUGUUCCUCCUUGUGUUUAUCCUCUCGGGUGGGGCCAGGUCUCGGUGUCGCAAUGGCGACCUCCAGGAGAGCUCACACCAGCAGGUAUCUCCUGGGGCCGCCCCCGCCUGAGCCACAGAGAGCCUCAGGAGCGGCAGGUCGGUCUGGCCCAGGCAACCGUGGAGUCGCGGCUCUGCCCCGGGUCCCAGUGCGCGUGGAACCUCGUGUGCGCCCUCCCAGAGUGGAGUCUCUGUUUCCUGCAGUCCUGUGGGGCUCCUCCCCGAGUGACAGACCCCGGAGGCUGGGGAGCCUGCCGUGGGGCCCGGAACCCUCACUCCUGUGGGAGAGCAUCUGUGAUGUAAUUAUUUUCCAGAUACGGGUUGCCCGCCAGCAGGUAUGGGAUUUGAUUAUGUUGUGAAAGUGCCCUUCCUCAUCUCACCGUGACUUCUUUUUUUGUCUGUGGGUACAGAAAGUCUUUGGGGGUGGAUUCAAAUCUAAUUUGUCAAUGGUUCUUCAGCAGUCAGUUGUGAGUUUGGUGUUUUCAUGCAAGGUGGUGGUGACCUAAAGUCCUACAAGGUUAUUAUUUAAAUUCAUUGCUAUCCUGAACACUUCAUCAUUUCUGCUUUUAAUAAUACAUAAGAUUACUCAUUUAA